CAGUUGCAAAGUCACUUUCAUGGUGCGUGUAUCGCAAAGUAAAAUAAUAUAAUUACUACGAGUUAACUAUUCGUAAUCAGACAAGAAAGUUCUCAAGAUAAGUAAUAGAACUCAUGUAAUAAUGUAAUUUACAAUUUUGAAUUUCACUUUCUUGCGUUAUUUACGUCUAACAAUCAAAUAUAAAAAUUAUUUAAUCCAUUUUGGACAACGAUUGGAACAUAACCAGAAACUGUUUCUUCUGUUGCAAAUAAUUUGAAGAUACAUAUUGCAAUGGAACUGUCUACAUGGCUUUUGACCAUCCUUACAGCAAGUAUUGGCUUGUAUUAUUAUAUUCUAUACAAGUUGUCUUAUUUCAAGCGAUUGAAAGUUCCGCAUGAGCGCCCGACUCCACUGAUAGGCAACAUGGGCCCUUUUAUUUUCCGACGUAUGUCCAUUCCGGAAAACAUACAAAGAUUAUAUAAUCUUUUUUCGGAUGCAAAAUACUUUGGCUUUUAUGACUUUAUGACACCAACAUACGUCAUCCGCGAUCCAGAUCUAAUCAACACCAUCGCUAUCAAACAAUUCGACAAUUUCUGCGAUCACCGUAGUUUUGCAAAUGAAAUUUUGGAUCCAAUGGCUAGUAGAAAUCUUUUUGAUUUGAAAGGGGAUCACUGGCGCGAGAUGCGGAAGCUUCUUAGUCCUAGUUUCACGGUCAGCAAAAUGAAGACGAUGUUUGGACUCAUGUCUCAAUGCGCCGAAAAUUUGAUCGAUUUUAUGAUAACGCAAUCUGGAAAAAAUGGAAAGUCAUAUGACAUGAAAGAAAUAUUAAGCAGAUAUGCCAAUGAUGUAAUUGCCACGUGUGCUUUUGGCAUCAGUGUGGAUUCUUUUAAGCAUCCAAAUAAUGAAUUCUUUUUACUAGGCCAAAAAUCGAAAUUUGACGGCUGGUUAACCUUCGUAUUCUUUAUGCAGAGAAAUAUUCCCGCCCUUGCAAAGCUUUUAAAACUGAGAAUGUUUGGUCCAUAUGUAGAAAAUUUUUUUAAAAAUAUUGUUUCUAACACGGUGAAGAUCAGGGAUGAGCAAGGAAUUGUUCGUCCGGAUAUGAUUCAAUUGAUGAUGGAGACUAGGAACAAAGAUACCGGACCUGCAUAUGACAUCAACGAAAUGACUGCCCAGGCGUUUGUUUUCUUUCUCGCCGGAUUCGAUGCUACAUCAACAGCCAUGUGCUUCAUGGCGCACGAAAUUGGUGUCAAUCCUGAUGUUCAAAACAAAUUGAGGGAAGAAAUCGAUAAUGUCCUUAAACAAACUAACGGCAAACCUACCUAUGAGGCUAUUAACCAUAUGAAGUAUUUGGAUGCCGUAGUAAACGAGACUCUCAGAAUGUAUCCAAUAGGAUCUUUCAUUGAUAGAAGAUGCGUUAAAGAGUAUGAAUUACCACCAGCGACUCCGGAUGGCAAACCUAUUACGCUGAAACCUGGUGAUAACAUAUGGCUUUCACAUUAUCCUCUACAUCGCGAUCCGAAGUAUUAUUCACAACCGGACAAGUUCAAUCCAGAAAGAUUCGUCAGUGGGAAAGUAGACAAUUCGAUCUACAUGCCAUUCGGUAUAGGACCCAGAAUGUGCAUAGGUAAUAGAUUCGCUCUAAUGGAAGCAAAAAUUCUGCUGUUCUAUUUGCUGUGGCACUGCGAUCUGCUGCCUGACGUUAAAACUAAAGUUCCCAUAGUAAUAAGCAAGCACUCAUUUACUACGUUAGCAGAGGGAGGCUUCUGGUUAAAAGUACGUGCGAGAAAAUAGAAUGCUCCUACUAUUUAACGUUUAUCAAAUACAUGUAAUCUUCUCAACUAUGAGACAAUUCGCAUUGGCUUAGACCAUAGUGGAAGGAGAAAUGGCACGCACGCGUUUUACAAUAAACUGAACAAUGAUAAAGAUAGACGUGCAUUGUCUGCACCGUAGUGUUGCUGAGAGCUUCCAUAUAGUAAUAUUACAUAUAUCAAAUGGACAUGGUCGGAAAACAAUGUCGAAUAUAUAUUUAUAAUUCAUUUUGAAUCGUGUAUUUGAAGUUGUCCUUUUAAAUUUCAAAAUGUAUUUGAACUUUUUUCUCUAUCAUAUGUUUAAAACGAUUAUAAAAUUGAAACCAAAAAUUUAUAAGUCACACAACCAAUUUUCUAAGAAAGUAAAAUUUAGAAACCAUUUAGAGUUAUAUUCUAAAGCGUAAUACUUAGAAUAAUAUAGCUUUAAUAUGGAAUAAUUUUCACAUAUUUAUAUGUGUAUGUGUAUGUAUUAGAGUAAGUAAUAACGCAUGAUAACUGUUUAUUUUUCAUUAUUUUAUGUUGUUCUUGUAAUUCAUUAUAUUCAAAAUUGUAAUUUUAUAUUGGAUUAUUAAGUUAAUAACACUUACAUAAUAAAUUUAAAAUAUUUAAUACAAACAAUAUAUUAAUUUACGUAAAAACGUUA